UCUUCCUGUUUCAGAGCGUGCGGUUUUGACGCGGCUGCGGCAGCGUGGAGGAGCAACUCUCUGACGUCGAAAAGAGCAGCUUAAAGUUGACCCCGCAUCACGGAGAUCGGUUUGUACCGUAGUUUGGUGUUGGUGUGGUGACCAACCGGGAUAAUGACUGACCUGUACGUCUCUCUGGCGGUGUUGGCGGCUGUGGUGCUCCUCAGCGAGGCGAUCCGCCAAACGGCAGCGCGUCUCUUCGCCGGAGCGAACUGGAGCUACCUGCUGGAGGCGGCGUGCACCUUCCAGCUCUGCUGCUGCACCCAUGAGCUCAAACUGCUGGGUGAAAACACCCAGAUGGAGCUGUCGGUCGGGCUCACCCUCACCUUCACCAUGAUCGUCAUACACUUGUUAACUUUCCGGGAGGCGACGUGUAACCCGAGCGGCGCUUUGGAGAAACUUUGCCGCGGCGGCAGAAGCGUCAAAGCAACCGUCGUUCUCAUCGCCUGCCAGUUCGCAGCGGGCGUCGCCGCGCAGUUCUUCGCUGCGUCGGUUUGGUCGCUGGGUCUUUCUGAGCUCCACGUGAAGCACCGGAGGUUCGGGUUCCGGUGCUUCGACCCGCUCGGUGGGACUCUGCUGGAGGCCGCCGCCGUGGAGCUGGGAUGCGCCUUCACGGUCCAAGCUGCCUGCAUGCAUGCUCACAAGCUGGACGAAAAACUUCGCGCUCCUUUCAUCGCUGCUGUCAUCACUGCAAUGGUUUACACAGGUGGAAGUAUUUCAGGAGCUAUCUUUAACCCCGUCCUAGCCUUCUCCGUCCAGUUCCCCUGCAGCGGACACACCUACCCGGAGUACUGCUUUGUCUACUGGCUUGGACCAGUCUUAGGUGUGGCAAGCUGCAUCCUGCUGUUUGAGAAGAUCAUCCCCUUCCUCUCUGGAAAGAGCACCAUUGGGCUGGACGUCCCUGUUGUCCAGAAACGGAAGACACAGUAGCAGCAGAGACGUGAGAAAUGGCGGCUAAGUCAUCAUAAGUUUGUGUCUUAAGUUUUUUUUGGGUGCAUAAUACCAAGUUUUCACUUGAGACGACAAAAAAAUGUACAACACCUUUUGUCAUUAUAACACAAUGAGGCCUUUGACUUCUGGGAGGUCACAACAAAGCUGUGAUUGAACAGACAGGAGAAGCUUUUGACUGGCAAACACACGUAUAACACAAUUUAACACAUGAAUCUGCUUAUAAGUCACAGAAAAGAAGACGAUCCGAUCCACAUAACUCCAGAAGUUGCCUGAGAAUCAGCACGUUUUUAACUUUUCUCUCAAUAUCACAGUAAUCCAUUGAUAGUUGUCUGUACAUUUCUGGGUACAAUGCAAACAGGAACCGCUAAAAGCUAAUUCGGCUUACUUUUAAUGGUGCUUAAUGGGACGUCUAACAACUUUGGCUGUGUUGGAAGUGAUAUUACAAUCUAUUUUUAGUGCCCACCGACACAGUAUAAGGUAUAAUUUUAAUUUCAAAUUGACUUCAAAAUGUCAUUUUUAUAGUUCUCAUCACUGAUUUAAGGAUAUGUAAGCUAAUAUAUAUAACUGCAUUUCAUUUUUGCCAAAUGCUUUUCACAUGAAUAUUGUCAAAAAGCACAACACUAUAGAAGAAAUGCGUGUAACCAACUUGUUCUGUUAACUGUGACUGACUGCAACCAUCAUGAGACUAUGAAAAACUACCUAAAGACAGUUGGAAGUAUGAAAAUAUUGAAACUUUGAAUGCACACAAAUUAACCAACGUGCACACAGAGAAAAAGAAGAUUAUUAGUGGUUAAUAUACAGAUGUGGUAUGACAUUACAGACACUUAAUUUGAUCAUUUUCUCUAUGCACUUUGGUAGAUUUAUGAGCCCUAUUAUUGUCACUGCAUUUAACUUUUACAACUGCACCUGGUGGGACAGAAGACGUCUCCUCAAUGCCAACCGACCAAGUCACAUUCCUGAAUAAACACAUAAAUACACUAACCAAACCUUGACCUAUAAAAGUCAGGUUUAUGUGUGGAAAAAUAACUGACAUUUCAACAUCUUUUCAACUACUUUACAGGACUUUGUAAUCUUUUAAAUCAUAAAAAGGGGCUUUGAGUUGAAGUGCAUUAUGGGUGAAGGAACACUAAAGUUUAGUGGUUUUGUCUGUUUUAGUUUGAUUUAAUGGGGGUUUAUUUUUGCACAAUUGUCAAAGCAUUACACUUUCAUAUGUUUGUAUUUACACCAACAUGGUUCUGGGACACUUAACAUGUAAACAUGGGUAAAAGAAAACUGGAUUUCACCUUUUUUUAUCUUAAGUUUAGAUGACCAAAGCUUUAACCUUCUGCUCAAUCUUUACGUUUUUCUGCAUGAAUCAUGUUUGACUGUCAUUUUCUGUUUCUCUCCAAUAUGGGUAAAGAGUGAAAAGUAUAGUAGCGUAAUAUUUGCAAUUGAUAAUGUUGAAAUUUUGUUAAUCUAGGUACAUCACUUUUUAUUCCACUGGAUUUUCUUUUUCCGUCAAAUCUGCAGCUACUUCCAUUUCUCUGUGAGUCAAGAAACAAUUUACAACUGUAAUACCUCUAGAGUGUGUUAUGUGAUUAUUUGAAGUAAGAAUGUGAAUAAACUUAAUACUUUUGCUAACAUUUCUGGCUCGGUGUAGGCAAAAUGUACAGUAUAUUUUCAGAUAACAGCUUUUGUAUAGUGAUAUUUAAAUGCAUUUGUAAUAUCAUGUGUGAAAUAUUGAUUAAAAAACAUCUAUUUUAAAAAACUA